GAUGCUGUCGCUUGUAUCAACCAGCUUGCUAGCUAUGGUGACAAGGCUUGUAAAGCCAAGAGCGCCGUCACCGUCAUGUGCAAAAUUGGUGGUGCUCAGAUCACCGCCGUCGUUCCAGGUGGACGCUACCCUACCUCGGACACUUGCCAGAACAUGGCCCGCGCUGCGGGCAAGAUCAUGGACAAGUGCACCAGGGCUGACCAAACCGUCAAUGGUGCGGGCUACUCAUUCGGUAACGGAAACAUCGCCAUCCACCUCAGUGCACCUACCGAUGACUAG